UCCACGGUAGCUGCUCCGCUCAUCAGCAACAAGGAGACUGGAGCAGGACAGCAGGGGUCGGGGGACAGACAGACGGACAGACGGACAGACGGACAGACAGACAGACAGAGGGAGAAACAGACAGUCAGACAGUGUGGACUCUGCUGUGUAAUGUGCAGUAAAUGGGAUUAAACCGCUUGGAGCAGCAGUAGUAGUAGUAGUAGUGGAGAGAAGGGGGAGCUGAGCGCGGAGCUGUGCCGCAUGUGCUCGGCUGUGAGGAAAACUUGCACCGGCCGGACAGAAAAACACCCUAAAGAACAAGCUUGAAAAGAGGGAAACUAACCGCAACUGCAGCCGCUAAGAAACCCUGGUUCAGGUUCAACCAGCGGGACUAUUAGUAGCAGCGAGCCGACCCUUGCCUCCCCUCUUUCACAUGCCUGCGUUGAUGUGGAAGAGAGGGAGGGGAGCGGAUGAAUUAUCACUCUUAACUUAAAAAAUAGUUUGGUGUUGUAUGAGAGAAAUAACAUGAUGUCGGUUGUUAUAGAGAGCCAACAAGCGUGCGAGCUCCAGAGCACCGAGGACGUGCGGAAGAGUGGCUAUCUCCGCAAGCAGAAGUCCAUGCACCGGCGGUACUUCGUCCUCCGCGCCGCCUCUGAGCGCGGCCCGGCCCGCCUGGAGUACUACGAGAGCGAGAAGAAAUUCCGCGGCAAGGCCCCCGUCCCGAAGAAAGCGGUGGCUCUGGAGACAUGCUUCAACAUAAACAAGCGGGCAGACUCCAAGAACAAGCACAUGAUAGUGCUCUACACCCGGGCGGAGAGCUUCGCCAUCGCCGCGGAGAACGAGGCGGACCAGGACGAGUGGUACCAGGCCAUGGUGGAGCUGCAGUGCAAAAGUAAGAACCCCACUGACACCGUGGAAGGUGGAGACUAUGGAAUACCCAAUCCCGGACCUGCGUUCAAAGAGGUGUGGCAGGUGAAGGUGUGGCCCAAAGGCCUGGGUCAAGCCAAGAACCUGGUGGGCAUCUACCGCCUUUGCCUGACUGACAAGACGGUCAACUUUGUCAAGCUCAACUCGGAUGCUGCUGCCGUUGUGCUGCAGCUGAUGAACGUCCGGCGCUGCGGCCAUUCAGAAAACUUCUUCUUCGUGGAGGUGGGACGCUCUGCCGUGACAGGCCCGGGCGAGUUCUGGAUGCAGGUGGAUGAUUCUGUUGUGGCGCAGAACAUGCAUGAAACCUUGCUAGAGGCCAUGAAGGCACUAAGCGAGGAGUUCCGCCAACGCAGCAAGUCUCAGUCGAACUCCGGCCCUGGAGGAGGUGCUACUGCUUCUAACCCCAUCAGUGUUCCCUCCCGCCGCCAUCAUCCGAACCCUCCUCCCAGCCAAGUGGGCUUCACCCGCCGACCCCGUACGGAGCCUCCUGGAGGAGCUAACAACGGAGCAGGGGUCAACAGUGCCAAUGCCUCUCCCACCCCACGGCAUAGCUUUCCGAGAUCUCGCACUGCUAGCGACGGGGGUAAAGGUGAUGACGGUAUGACGGGGAACAUCCCGCUCCCGGGGCCUUGCUCCAGCCCCUCCACCAAUGGCUCCUGCUCCACCACCCCAAUCCUCAGGUCAAAGUCAGCCCGUUCAGUCCCCACCACUGCUGCUAAAACUCCUCUUGGUUUGAUGCGUUCUAUCUCCACCCCAGUGCCCUCCCCAGCUCCCAGCCUCUCUUCCAGCUCUGGGCAUGGUUCUGAGUUUGGAUGCGUGACAUCUGCUGGUGGUGGUCCGGGGUCUAGCGCCUACAGUCGAGUCCCCUCCCAUCGGGCGUCUGUAUCGGGCUCGCCCAGUGACUAUGGAUCCUCAGACGAGUAUGGCUCCAGUCCUGGGGACCCCUCUCACAUCCCUUCCCCCAGCCUGCCAGGAAGCUCUGUUGGUAGCACUGGCAGCCAGUCCCUUUGUGAUGAGGGAGCCAACUAUAUCCUAAUGGGCCAACGAGGUGGUGGUGGUGGUUGUGGUAGCAGCAGUAACCAAGGAACCUUGACAUCCAGUUCCCUACCAGCACCAGGAACACCCGCCUGUGGCUCCCAGCCCCAGACCAGGAGAGUGCUGCGCCGCUCCUCCAGCCGCGAAUGUGAAGCUGAACGUCGGCUGCUGAGCAAACGGGCUUCAUUGCCACCAAUGGCCCUGGAGAGGCUGGCACCUCAUCAGCGCAGAGGCGAGGAGCCGGCAGAUGAAGAUUCAGCCGAUUACGCCAUCAUGUCCAGGAGCACCAGCCGCGAGUCCUUCGCUUCAAACUCCUCUUCCAUACAGAGGGAAUCUCUCAUGAGUGCUGGCUCAUCAGGGGGGGGAGGAGCGUACAUGGAUGUAGCUGGUGAGUUUAAAAGUGAAGUGGCUGAAGCAAGUGGUAAUGUAGAUAUCGGUGUGGACAAUGGAUACAUGUCAAUGCUCCCGGGCGUGACUCAGCCUCCAGCACCCCUGUCCCAAUCGUUGGCCGUCUCAGUCCCGGACUCAGAUUCCAAACCUGCUGAUGACUACAUGGCCAUGAUCCCGAACAACAGCGUGUCGCCACCUCAGCAGAUCCGGCCACCACCAGCGUCUGACGGCUACAUGAUAAUGUCCCCCAAUAGCAGCUGCUCCCCUGACCAGCGUGGAGGUCUCUCUGGAGGUGCCUGGAUGGGCAGUGGAAGUGCGGACAGCAGGGCAGGCAGUGACUAUAUGAAUAUGUCUCCAAUAAGUGCACGUUCCGUGAACGGCAGCCCCCCACCUCCUGAGCACACCGGUCAUUUGGAGACCAGUUCUCAACAGCCAGCCCCUAAGAUGGUGUAUUCUUACUAUUCCCUUCCCCGCUCAUACAAACACAACCCCUCUGCCGGACACUUUGAUGAUGGUCCUGGGCGAGGCAGGAGACCCAAUGGGAGUUGCAGUAGGGGAAUGGGCGGAGGUAGGACGAUGGGAGGGCGUCAGGAGCAAACAGCUGCAGGAAAUUCAGCGGUUGGACGCCAUCUGUCUCUCUCCUCUUCCUCAUACUCCUCCAGCUCAGCCAGCAGCGAGAGCCUCGGGGAGAGUGAGGAACGAGCCUCUCAGGCGAUGAGCAUGGCCGGCGGCCCCCCCUCCAAAGAUGGUGGUAAGCUCCAGCAAAGACGGGGCACCAGUGGAUUGUCCAAGCAGGGUAGCCACUGUAGGAACAGACCAGUGAGCCUGUUUGUCGAUGUUUCCAAGGCGAAUACCCUUCCCAGGGUCCGUGAAAACCCCCUGCCCCCAGAACCUAAGAGCCCUGGGGAGUAUGUUAGCAUUGAGUUUAAGGGGGAAAAGAGCAGCCAGACUGGGGUCGGGGGAGGGCGAGGCCGGGGUCUCCGGCACGGCUUAUCACUGCCUCAUGGCUCAAGCAGCAAGCAUCCUCAACAUAGGCCGACUUCCUGCUUAGGGAACUUUAUCCCCCUCUCCCAUAGCCCCUCUGCACCCAUCACUCCCCCAUCUGCCUCUGAAUAUGUCAACAUGGACUUGGGGCCUUCUCCAUGCCCCUCACCCCUCUCCCUUGCUCCAAUAGUUUUCCCCCCUUUCCACACCCCUCCUACGCCCCCAACUCUUGCCCUCAAAGCCUGCAAUGAGGGUACUACUAGCCCUCGUGAAGAGGGGGCCCAAGUAGCUGAAGCCCCCCUCAGGAAAAGCAGGGAAAGUGUCCCAUCAUUGUCUGAGUCUCAGUCCCCAACUUCCUGUGGAGACUACACAGAGAUGGCCUUCAGCUUAAAUAGCAACACCGUCCCAAGAUCAUCAUCCAGUGUUUCUCCGAAAGCCCCAUCCCCCACCAGGACUGAUCCUUCAGUUCAACUGCUAUCCAGAGGUCUGGACUUCCCCCUAACCAAACCCGGACCCAACCCAGACCACGGGGCUAAAGUUAUCCGAGCCGACCCCCAAGGACGCAGACGCCACUGCUCAGAAACCUUCCUUGCUGCACCUUCCCUCCCCACCUCUACCUCUAACUCCUCUUCCUCCACUGCCUCCCUCUUUCCAGAACAUGCCCAAGCUGUGGCCCGUCGGCUGGGCUUUGAAAGCAUGCUGUGGGGGAACAGUGCUGUGAGCGAUAACCCCCUCCCCGGACAGCAGUCCCUUCCCACAAACACUCAGAAUUCGUCCGCAGAGCAAGGCCUCAAUUACAUAGACUUGGACUUGGCCAACAAAGAGGUCCCCCAUUUGGGCCUGGAUGGACCCUCAGGUAGCCAGGCCCCAUCUCGCCUUUUCUCUGUACUGGGUGGAGGUUCUGGGGUCGGGGGAGUGGGUGCGGCAGCCGGCAGCAGCAGCAACAGCAACUCGACGCUCAACACUUACGCCAGCAUCGACUUCUACAAAUCAGAGGAGCUGCGAAGCCAUCAGAACGGAAACAAGGAAGGAACUGAGUGUUGAUGACAGUGCGUCGUCCCUUGGGAAACAAUCUGGUGCCACUCGGAGAGCUUCGAAGCUUCGCCUGUUCCAUUUGUGUCGACCAGUCACAUUGAGCGAACAGCUGGAUCGGACACGCCCCAGAAGCACUUUGAGAGACUGUUCGAAAAACAGUUUUCUCUUCUUCGCUUUCAUCUUGUUGGUUGUGGAAACCAACAUGGAUGUGUGCCAAAUGACAUUCUUGUAAAGCUAUUUGCUGCUCUCAUUCCACGAGUGAAAGCCAAUCAGAGAAGGGUAUGGGGGGGGGGGGGGGUGGAAAUGGGGAUUUCUGUUUGUUUUUUGAAAAAAUGUAGAUCAUUAAGAGUAUAAUGGUGGCUAUUCAGUUGAUGAAAAAAAUAGAAUUAUAUAUCUGCUCAAAAAGUGCCUCAUUUUCAGAUUGUAGCCAUUUUACAAAAAACUUCAACUAACUGAAGCUUUGGGUUUUUCUGAGGGGAGGGGGGGAUUUGCUUGACUUGAUUUAGUUACAAAAAAAGUGCAGAAGAAAAUACUGGUGUGAGCUUUUGCUGCAUUCAUGUCUAUGGGAGGAUUUUGGUGUCAGUCUACGGUCAUUCAAACACUUUCCUUAAAAUGUAUUUUGUGUCAUAAAGCUCCAAAUCUUAUAGACAACAAGGACCUGGAUAAUGACAUUAACAGUAUUAUACAGAAAACUGUAAAUCACAAUAAAUACAAUAUGACAUGAAUGCAGCAUUUUUGCUAACAUCACGAUGAUAAAGGUACUAGCCGACCUGCUGGCUUCCUGUCUACUGUGAGAAACAUUAGCGUAGCCUGUGUUAGCAUUUAGCUCAUUAUGACUUGCGCUGCUUUUAUUUCCGUCUUUUUCUCUCUCUGUUAACUUUUUAACAAAGCCAUAAACCUAAAGUAUUAAACACACAGGCUUGCUAAGGCACAUGUAACAGGGGAUGCAGCUGCUUUCUAGUUAGCUAAAGCCAGCUAAGUCAUAUCAACAUGUUAGCAUCCUGCCGGGAUAUAAGUUCAGCAUCCUGCUGACCACAGCUCAGGGUUGAGACCCCUGAUACAGAGCCCAGCAAUCCCAUUAGUGCUAUUAGCUCCAGACACUUGUCUCAUUUAAUCCACUUUGUCUCAGGAUGCUAAAUAACAUUAGGUACGUUCAGCUGAGGAUAGAGACCCUAUCAAUAGCCAUGCUAAUUUUAGCUUUAUAUCGGUCAGCACAUUGUUUUUAGCACCAGAAAGGGGUCGGAUCUUAUUUCAAUUCUGUUAUUACGUAAUAAUAAAUGAACCUGGUCAUUUGUUCUCAGUUAUUUUAUACAUGAAGGUACCAAAACUCUAAGAUUUCUACACUUUCAAAACUUUUUAACAGGUCGAAUUGAAAGUGCUUUGACCCUAAAUCCUUCUUUUGGACCGUUUCUAUCUCCUUCCCUCCCUCCUUUCUGACUUUUGCUUAGCUCUUACUUUAAUCUCCGCUAUGCAUCAGCACUUAAGUGCCUGUCUGUCCUUUUUAUCUCUCUACCCCGUCUAAGCAGCUAGCACUAGCAGGGCUGUCCUAGCAGAAUAUAUUAAGUCUAUUUUUAUGUCUAUUUUUGUCUCUUUUUGCUGUACAGUUCUCAUGAAAAUAACUUGUUUAUGUUUGUUCGAUGUGACAAUGAUCUAUCAGAUGACUUGACUGACAGCCAUGGCCCUAAUCUGAGAAGGUUUGGACUGUUUCUUUUCGCCGUAAAUUGUGGAGUUAAUUGUUGCAGGGCCGCCAGUGCCCCAAAAAAACAACAACAAAAAGACUAAGCUCCAGCAGCACCUCAAGAAGCAACCUUCAGCUCCUAAGUCUGGACGUAUUGCUUUGUUUUGUUUUAAAAUUGUAACCCUUUGUGUUCCCCCGUUGUUUUCUUUUGCUGCGGGGAAAAGAACUGUGACAUAUCUGCCCUCGCUUACGUGACACUUGGAGAUAAAGGUCAUUGCGAGGACUUGCGUACGCUUUAACCUUGAAUUUCUCUAUGACUUUGACCCGAGGAUUAAAAAAAGAAAUGCAUGAAGAGGAAGAAAAAAGGCCACCACGAAAAUACACAGUCUCAAUACAUGUGCAUCUAUGUAGCUACAAAUUGUACUCAUGUGUUUGUCUGCCCGUCCUUGGAGGUCCAUGAACUAGCUCACUCGGUUCACAUGACUUUCAGGGGGCCUAGAGCAUAACAAUGCAGCUUUAUUAUGAGCAGAUUGGGAUGUGAGGUUGGAACUGCCUCUAGUAAUGAUUACCAAUGCAGAAGUGGGGGGGGGGGGGGAAAUAGUGGACUUCCAACAGAUUCAUGCAUUGCAGACUUGCAGGCAAACACGUGAUCCUUCUAAAUGUCUUUUGGAGAUGUUCUCAUAUUGAAACUCAGCAGUUUUCAGCGAAAUGCUUGAAGGUACUUAUAGUUUAGAAAGAAGAGUGCACAAACAUGCGUUCAAACUUGACAAGCGGACAUUAUCAUCCUGCCAUUUUGAGCCUCCUUUCAGCUCUGAGCGUCUCGUGAACUUUUGAAUUUUUACUUCGUCAAACUGCCCGCAGUCUGUUUCUCUGACUGUCCGUGAUGAAGUGCUCGAUGAUCGCAGACACACAUAUCAUGACUGAAGUUCCUUUGGGAGAGCUCAGACGGGUUCAAGAGUUGAAGUGGCUAUAUGAUUUCAUUCAUUCUUAGCAAGAUGUUCAUAAAAUGUGCCGAAACUUGCUGCUGCUGCUGCUGCUGCUCUAAAUUGUUUUAUCUCUAACUCCUGUUCCCCCGUGGGAUGGUACUGAAUGGGAAAUAUUGUGAGAAUUGCCAUUGAUGUAGACAGUUUUAUUUCUGUUGCUUUAGAAGAAAAAAAAAUCUGACUAAAAGAGAAAAAAAAACAUCAAACAACAAAA